AUGAACAACGAAGAUCCGGAGUUGCAGUACAGACCACAAAGAUCCAUGUACAACCCUCCCAUGGCUCGGGAGAAGGGCAUGUGCAAAAACUUCUUCUGGAAAACCUUCUCCACCUGUUAG